AUGGAUCAGUUCCGAGGAUUAUUUGUCAAACUGGACCGGAACCAGGAUGGUUUCAUCUCAUUAUCAGAGCUUCACAGUGAAAUGAGCAAGCAUGGCAUCUCAGUGGCAGAUGCUAAGGUGCAGAAUGUCAUUGACUCCUAUGACAACGACAACAACGGCCAACUGGAUUAUGAUGAGUUUCUCAGCUACAUGAUGGACCGAGAGAAGAAAUGGAAGAUUUGCUUCGACCAACUGGACAAGAACAAGAGCGGGCUGAUUGACCAGGACGACAUCAUAUGUUUGUUUAAGGAGUUAGGAGUGGUCAUUUCAAAGGCCCAUGCCCAUAAAGUAAUACAAAUGAUGGACACGGACGGCUCCAUGACAGUGGACUGGGAUGAGUUCCUGCAUCAUGUCAUCCUCAAACCUGUGGACAACAUUGGAGAGCUGGUGUCCUCAUGGAAACACAGUCUGGUUUUCGAUGUCGGCGAGAGCCGAGCUCUGGCCAUCGAAUUUCCCGAAGAAAGUUCUGGCUUCAGUGCAUGGAGGAAGUUUGUUCUCGGGGCCGGUUUGGCUGACGCUGUAUCCCGGACCGCCACGGCUCCCAUUGACCGCCUAAAGACCCAGCUGCAGUUUUACGGAUCCAAGGCUUUUUCGCGAGGCUUCCAUGAGCUUCGUGUCGGCGGCCUCCGUUCCAUGUGGCAGGGCAAUGCUGUCAACGUAUUGAAGGGGACGCCGCAGUCCACACUCCAGUGUCUCAUCUACGCUCAGAUGAAGGUGUCUAUGCAGGGCAGAAGUCGGGAGAGUCUGAGUGUCCAGCAGCGCUUUGGUUUGGGUUGUGUGUCCGGUGCUGUGGCUCAUGCUGUCUUCUACCCUCUGGAGGUUCUGAAGGUGCGGCUCAACCUUCAGCGAGUGGGUGCAUACCACGGCGUGGUGGCCUGUGCUCGCUCAAUCUACCGAGAUGAGUCUUUGUCCUCGUUUUACCGAGGAUUUAAGCCCAGCAUCCUCUGCAUGAUCCCGUAUGCCGGCGUAGAGUGUGCAGUCCAUCAGUCUAUUAUGACCUGGGCCCAGAGUGAUCCAUCAUACAGUACCGACUCCGGGCUCUUCUUCUUUAGUUUCGUGGCAUUUGCUUGCGGACAAAUGAGCAGCUACCCUUUGGCAGUGAUAAGAACGCAGCAGCAAGCGCAAGCUGUCCGCUUUGGCUCACACGCCGCGUCGUCUGGCCUCCUGCAAGGACUUAUCGGUAUAUACGAAAGACACGGACUGAGAGGGUACUACAAUGGAAUGGGAGCCAGCUUUGUUCGGGCUGUUCCGUGUGCCCUGAUGAACUUCACCUUAUGCAGAAUGUUUGAAAACCUGUUCUCCUCUACUGGCACAUGA